AUGGCGCCGAAUGUUGUACGCUCAGCCAUAAGUGUUUUCUUCGAAUAUGAUACACCUAAAAUCGUCCACAUCAAGAGCAAGAAAGUUGGAGUUAUAAACAGAUUUCUACAGCUGGUCAUUAUAGGAUACAUAAUUGGAUUUGCCAUUAUCUUCAAAAAAGGUUACCAGAAGUUUGAUACAAUCCAGAGUGCAGUGACAACUAAAGUGAAAGGAGUAGCAUUUCUGAAUGGAUCUGAAGUACCUAACCUAGAAAGUUCAUUAUGGGAUGUGGCUGAUUAUGUGGUUCCUGCCCAGGAGAAUAAUGCCUUCUUUGUGAUAACCAAUCUGAUUGUGACGCCAAAUCAGAGACAAGGUGUAUGUGGUGAGGACAAAACAGUACAAGGAGCUAAUUGUACGAGUGAUGCUACUUGUGCCCCUAUGGCUGGAAAGUCAUUACCAGCAGGCAAUGGUGUUUUGACUGGUUUAUGUAAUACCACAACCAGUACAUGUGAAGUGCGGGCGUGGUGUCCUGUUGAAAAUGGAGGCUUGCAUGCACCUACGAGUCCAGUACUACUACAGUCUAAAGAUUUUACUGUUUUCAUCAAAAAUAACAUUGAAUUUCCAUACUACAAAAAAAAAAGACGGAACAUUCUUGGCAUUCAAAAUGACACUGAACUACGGAAUUGUCGCUAUAAUCCAUCUGAUCCUGUCAAAAAAUUUUGCCCAAUUUUCGUACUGGGCGAUAUUGUUGGUUUUGCUGGAGAAGAUUACAAAGCCAUGAGUGUAUCGGGUGGAGUGAUGCAGAUUGUCAUUGACUGGGACUGUAACCUUGACAAGUCUAUAGAAGAAUGUGUACCACAGUACACCUUUAGGAGGCUUGACAGUAAUGAUUUCUCUAUAUCAAAGGGAUUCAACUUUAGGUUUGGAAAGUAUUUCAGGGAUAUCAAUGGUACUGAAGUGAGAACGCUGUACAAGGCAUUCGGUAUCAAGUACAUCAUCACAGUAAUAGGACAGGCUGGAAAGUUCAACAUUGUUCCGCUCCUACUCAACAUUGGUAGUGGCCUUGGCCUCCUGGCUGUGGCGACCAUUCUGUGUGAUGUGGUGGUGCUCUAUAUACUGAAGGCCAAGGAUGUGUACCGUGAAAAGAAAUACCUUAAUGUUGUAGGCGAUGAUGCCUAUAAGGGUUUGAAGACAGAACAUGUGAAUGAUCUUAACGAGGCUAUCAGUGCUGCAACUAAUCACACCUACCAGUCUCAAUCAACUACUCCGACUCCUAAUUCAAUCACCAACACAAACUCUCAUUUUGAACUGUGAAAGUCAAGGUCAGUUCUUUUUGAGUCACCCAUGCUUGUAUACCUCUACACCACAAGUCCUGGCAUCAGUGUCUGUCUCCAUUGAUAGACAAUUAUUGAAUAUUCUUCUCGCCUUAUAAAGAUAUUUCCAACAUUGUCAUUGCUUUAACAGUGCUUUGGAACUUGGUGUCAUUUCUUAUACA